AUGCCUGGAUUGGAGAUUCCUGGCGAGUUCCUGCGAAAUGCUGUUUUGGACACGGUGGUACCCCACGCCCCCGGCUUCGAUGUCGAGGGAGCGCUGAGUUCGGCCCUGGAGGACGGAGCCGAUGAUCUCCCCUCGGUCCUCUCCUCCAUACCACAGCGGACUCUGCUGUUUUUUGAUGAGUUCCUCCCAGUGCGCAUUGUUCUGCGGCUGUCCGAUUGCACCGAGGCUAUUUUGAAGCACUGCUUGCCACAACUGGAAGUCAAGCUGGAUGUAUUUGCUAUUGAUCCAGCAGAGUCGGUUGCUGAUAACCCAACACCCACGAGAGAGGUCAUAUUCUCGGGGGUUGUAAGCGGAGAGGAAGACCCGCUGGUGGUGUUCAACGAAUUCGAGGGCGACGAGGGGAGUGGGAACCACGUCUACUUAGUAUGGAAUAUCGAAAGCUUCUUGAGUGAGUUUGCUUCUGAGUUGUGUGCAGACAAGUCCUGUACUGACUAUAGCGAAGGACGUCCUCGGAAUCGCAUUCAACACCCCUCUCUAUUAUUCAUUGCCUCCGCUAGCUUGAAUCCGUCUGAAGGCCGUCCACAAGAAGAAUCAGAAGAUGAAUAUCUCCCUCCGCUCAUUCCAGCAUCGACGAAUAUCCUGCAGCCCCUAUCCGGUGAUAAAUCAUUGACCCAGAGAGAGCCCUUCCUUCCUGCAUCGAGGCUCCUCCGUGUGGUACCGACAACAUACAGCGAGGACCCCAUAUACAAUGUCCAGCAGCAACAUGGACACCCCUUUCGUGUUGUACCCGCUGCUAGUGCGAGAAUCCGCUACUCGCGUCUGAAUUCUUACUCGGGCCUUCCGACGACCAUCGCCAGCCUCGACUUCGAAGUGACCCCGUUUCUCAACUGCGAGGUCUCGUUUGAUAAAGCGGAUCUUCACCUGUCCGAUGGGACCAUGGAACCACUUUCGGAUAUCCCUGGUCUGAUUCUUCCUCUGACUUGCCGCCCUCGAGACGAUGUGACCCUCGUAUACAAGCUCACUCCCGAGUAUGGCCCAGAAACCAAUCCCUCCUCGACGGCCAUGAUCAGCACAUUGGACAUUUCCCUUGGGGCAGUCAUCCUUUUGUCUGAUAAUUGUAAGCCACGCGUUUCCAUGGAAUGGCGGACGAAUGUGGACUUUUCCAUGGCGCUGAACCCGACGUUCGGGGGGCCCAGUCAAGCACUACAGAGGAGUAAUCGUCCUACAAGCCUGCCCAUGACACCGGGCCAGUCGACUCAACCGGGAUCAGCCACAGCAAACCGAAGCUCUCUGCGAGAACGAGCAUAUUCGGUCACUGAUGUCGGCGUCACAAUCUCGUUCUCCGGGCCCCUUCGCGUGGAAGUUGGCUCUCCAUUUUCCUGGGAUGUUUUCAUUGUGAACCGAUCAAGCGUCCCCCGAAAGUUUGUGUUGAUUGCUAUUCCACGACGGAAACGUGUAGACCCACGCGGGCACGUCGCUCGGCCUUCGUCAUCCUCGAUCUCCAGUCGAAAAGAUGACCAUGUGGCUGAGGCUGUGACUGACGAUAAUAUUGUGCAUGCGAUGCAGAAGAGUGUUGCAGGCCAGGAGGCCGAGUUGGUCAGUUUAAGCACGGACAUUCGUGUUGGUCCUCUUCUCCCUGGAACCUGCCACUCGACCGAGAUCACACUUCUUCCUUUAGCCACGGGCCCGCUCCAUCUGGAAGCAGUCCGGCUCGUGGACGUGAAUACGAACGAAACGACCGACAUUCGAGAUCUUCCGGACAUUGUGGCGGAUGAUCAGCCGCGCGCAUCUUCUCGUUGA